UAUCCUUCGCUCUAGGAUCAGAUUUAUAGACAAAUUUAAUUGCGUGACUGAAGAGGCCCGUAUCUUAAUUGCGCCCUGUUUAGAUCUCGCUCAACAUCAACCAUGGCCGACAACCAAGUCACCCCAGAUUCUAUACUAUCAGAGCUUUCGACGACUCCGUAUGCCUGCUCAUCUGUCCAGCAGUUGAGCGGCGGGACCGCCAACUUCGUCUUCCGUGGCACUCUGCGUCGCCCACUCCCAGAUGGAGCCACAACGGUUGUCAUAAAGCAUACAGAAGACUAUCUAGCAUCCAAUCGAGAUUUCAUAUUAUCCGCCGAACGCUGUCUCAUUGAAGAGUCCAUUCUGAAAUCUCUGGACAAUUUCCCUAAUACGAAGGUUAUGUACAAUGAAGGCACGAGAAGUCAAUUCACAGUAAAGACACCCCGCCUCUACUCAUUCAACCCGUCCACCAAUACUCAGAUCAUGGAAGACAUUCCAGAUGCCGUUGAUUUAAAAUCGUUCUUUGUUUCACUCAGUUCGGCCCGAAGUGUGUCCCGUGAGUGGGCUGUGUCCCUCGGCCGGGCAUUGGGGUUGUGGCUGGGUUCUUUUCAUUCAUGGACCAAGGAAGCGUCGCAGACUGAUGUGGCGUUGGAGAUGGAAAAGAACUCUCUCUUCCGGGAUUUGAAGUUCAGCAUUAACUAUGGCAACCUUGUGAAAAUGGUGAAUAAGUACCCUAAGUUGUUGGAGGGGAGUCGGAAUGUUUUUGAGCAAGUCAGAGAUAUGGCAGAGGGCGAAUCAGGGAGGAAAGAUGGAGAGGGAUUUGGGGUAAUUCAUGGCGAUUUCUGGUCUGGAAAUGUCCUACUCCCCAAAACUCCGUUCGACACUCAAUACUCCAACACACCUCUGUUCAUCAUCGACUGGGAGCUCGCUCAAUGUGGUUCUCGGGCUCUUGAUCUGGGCCAAAUGAUGGCCGAGUUGUACGAGCUAAAACACUUCAAAGAUAUCGAUGCCGGAGUGUGGAUUAUUCAAGGUAUCGCAGAAGGUUAUCCUACGUUGAGUGAAGGAAUGGCCUUCCGGACGUUGAUCCAUGUAGGGACGCAUUUGAUCUGUUGGGGCAGUACGAUCACUGGCUGGGGAACGUCCGAGCAAGUUGCUGAUGUGGUAAGACUUGGAAGGGAUCUGAUUGUUAAAGCCUGGGAGAAAGAUAAGCGUUGGUUCGAGGGGGAAGCUUGGGAGUGUUUGUUUAAGAAUUAGGGAAGGCCGGUGAUUGAUUACUCAAUCUAUAUGACAGAGAGGGAACCCAUUGAAGGCGCCUAAACAUGGAGCCCCAACUCAGGACAUGAAAUUUACAUAUAGUUAUGUAUGAUUUUUACUGUAUCCCAUCCUUACAAGAAGAAAGAUUCCUUCAAUAAAAAUGCGUACGUAGUAUGUAUGUUAUAACACCAAUCAUAUGCUACAUUGUCUAUAAUCUUGCGCGGAAAGCGUCCCGUAUGGAUUCUAAACCCGAUGGGCCAUCGUAGACCUGUUGUUCAAGAAGACGGGUAUUGAUAUGUUGGGGUCCUAGUUUAUCCACAGUUUCGACGCCAAGUAACCGCAUGCAUGUCUUGCUCUCAUCGGCCAGAACUAUAUAUCAAUCAGUAAUUUGCUUCUCAGAUACUGGGGUUCAAACGUACUCUGCAGGGUACGCUUAACACCG